GAUGAAAGCAGCUUGGAAGAAAGUAGUAUCUUCUCAAAGAAAAAGAGCAGUAAUGGCUUGUUUCCGAAUGAUUCCCGUCUAUGGUUUACCCAGGCAUAGAGCAGUAAACCUGUUCUUAAGCGCUUUUAGCAGGCAAUGGCUUAUGUCAGAGGAACCUGGUCACCAAACAUUAGUAGAAGAUAUAACCACUGAGAAAACAGGGGAUAAAGAAGAAGUUCAUGGAAACGACGAGAAUAAAGAGGAGGUUGCCGAAAAACCGCAACCCCUAAGUCAAUUAAUAACGGCAUUCACAAGGGCGGCCACAACGGAUGCGUAUGAAAAAUUAGAGAAUGAUUUCCUUUAUGGUGCUUAUGCGGCUAUAAUGAGCGAGAGUUGCCACGGAGAAGACGACGAUGAAGAUGGGGGAGGAGACGACGAAGAAGAUGGCGGAGGCGACGAAGAAGGGACUCUGUCGAUGCAAGAGCAAGAACUAGAGAAACAAAACUUAUUGGCUGAGCAAGCUCGCUUAUCAGAUAGAGGAGCCGCUGAGAUGGUAUUAAUGUAUAUUAGCGCCUGUGGUGGAAGAAAAUCUGACAUGGUGGUCGCUACCAUAGAAUUAGGGAUAUCAGUUUUAAAGGGAGGCAAUACGGGCGUUCAAAAGAGGAUGAUGGUUCAUUUAAAGGAUAAAAAGGAAGUUGGUUUCUUUACCUCUGUAGCGGGACUUAUGCAACAGUGUUCAGUACUCGAUUUGGACGCUUUUGAACGUUGUAACAAAGCCGAAGGUCUUGGAAUGUCCGAUGGACAAGCUCAAGUAAAAAAUUUACACGACGGUCGAUUUACUUGUAGACUCUUUAGAUUUUUACAACUCUUGUGCGAAGGACACAAUCUUGAAUUUCAAAAUUAUCUGAGAACUCAAGCAGGCAAUACUACAACAGUUAAUAUCAUCAUCUGUACAGUCGAUUACUUAUUGAGAUUACAAGAAUCCAUUAUGGACUUUUAUUGGCAUUAUUCGGGAAAAGAUACGAUCGAUCCAGCUGGAAAAGAGAGCUUUUGUAGAGCAAUUAAAGUUGCUGCUCAAGUAUUCUGCACAAUUACGGAAUAUAUUCAGGGACCCUGUAUGCAAAAUCAAUUGGCUUUGGCUCAUAGUAGAUUAUGGGACGCCGUUGGGGGAUUCUUAUACAUAUUCGCCCACAUGCAAGAAAAAUUAUCCAGAGACCCAGAACAGUUGGAUUUAUUAAGGGAAUUCAUGCAAUUGCAAAAAGAAAUGAUGAUCAUGUUACUUUCAAUGCUCGAAGGUAACGUGAUGAACGGAGCUAUUGGAAAACAGAUGAUUGAUACUCUCGUUGAAUCGUCGCAAAACUUUGAAAUGAUAUUGAAAUUCUUCGAUAUAUUCUUGAAAAUGAAAGAUUUGGCAACAUCGGAAGCUUUCCGCGAAUUUGACGUGAACCACGACGGAGUUCUUUCUCAAAAAGAACUAAGGCACGCCCUUCAAAGUCAAAAAGUUUAUUCCGAAGAAGAGAUCGAAUAUAUUAUGAUGUGCGUCGACGCAAAUCAAGAUGGCCGAGUUGAUUUUCACGAGUUUACUGACCGCUUCCAUAAUCCGGCUAAAGAUAUUGGCUUCAACGUUGCCCUUCUAUUGACCAAUCUGUCCGAGCACACUCCAAAUGACCCUCGUUUACAAAGAUUCAUGGAAAAAGCCCGAAGCGUUCUCGACUAUUUUGAACAAUAUCUAGGUCGAAUAGAGAUUAUGGGAAGCGCUGGCAGAAUAGAGAGAGUAUAUUUCGAGAUUAAACAAUCUAAUAUUGAUCAAUGGGAAAAACCACAGAUUAAGGAAUCGAAACGUUCGUUUCUUCAUAAUGUCGUAGGCGGCGAAAGUGAUAAAAGUAAAUUAGAAAUAUUUGUGAAUUUCUGCGAAGAUACAAUUUUCGAGGAAUCGAAACGGGCUUUCUUGCACAACGUCGUUAAUGAAGAAGGUGAUAAAGGAAAAUUAGAGGCCUUUGUUAACUUUUGCGAGGAUACUAUAUUCGAGGUGAUGCAACACGCGACAAGUAUAUCGGGCGAAGAGGAAGCUCAACAGCCCGGUAUAAUGAGCUUUGUUGGUAUGGAAGGUGGUAUGUGGGAGAACAUUAAAAAUGGUUUGGGAAUGUUAAAGAACGGAGUUGUAUGGAUACUAGGUUGUCUAAGCCCAUCAUACCUAGGCUCAAAAUGGCGACAAUUUAGAUCUACCCCCGCGAAGGAAUUAUUCCUAAACGUGUUCCGAUUCUUUUGGAAUCUAAUCUUCCUACUAUUAACCUUCCUAGUCUUCGUUAUGGGAACUUUCUUCCGCCUGAUUUGGUAUAUGAUGAAAGGUGACGCCAAAUUACAAGCCCCAAAAACGCGUCGAUUAUCUUUAUUGCCUCCCACAACGCACGACGGGUGUAUAGCAAAUGGAACUGUUCGAAAGGUUUCAAGUAGUUUAACAGCAAUAGAAGAAGUUGAUGAAUUAACAGAAUCGGAUAUUGUUAAAACUAAAAUAGUUGAGAAGGAUACAAUCAAUAGUUAUAAUAAAUCAUCAGAGACAAAUGAAGAGAAUGAGGAAAGUGAAAGAUCGCUUGCGGACGAACCACCAGCCGAUAUUAAACCAAGAGGUUUCCAAUUCAGUAAAUUCUUUAUAGCCCUACUAGCCAGAAAUUUUUAUACCUUUAAAUUGAUCGCCUUGGCAAUGGCGUUCGCUAUUAAUUUUAUCCUGUUAACAUUUAAAGUUUCAAAAGCUCAAACUGAACUGACAGGCGAUAAUUUAAAUACUAAUGCAGACAGCAAUGCUACUGAUAACGGAGGCGACGCCGAUGACGUUGAAGAAUGGAUAUCUAUAGCUGAGAAUGUUAGUUAUCUUGAACCGUUACUUCGAUUGCUAUCCGUAUCCCAUACGGCCGUCUCAUUCUUCAUAGCUAUAGCCUAUUAUUGCCUUAAAGUUCCACUAGUAAUAUUUAAGAGAGAGAAAGAGAUUUCAAGAAGUUUAGAAUUUGACGGUCUAUGGAUAGCUGAACAGCCUAGCGAAGAUGAUAUAAAGGGUCACUGGGAUAAGUUGGUUCUAAGUACCAAAUCAUUCCCCGAUUCCUAUUGGGAUAAGUUCGUUAAGAAGAAAGUUCGAAAUAAGUAUUCAGAACAGUAUGACUAUGAGCAAAUAUCCAAAUUACUCGGAAUGGAUAAAGGAGAUUCAAUAAAACAGUCGGAGAAUACUUCUACGUUCUUACCGUCGUUUAUAUCAAAUAUGGAUUGGCAAUAUCAAUUAUGGAAAAUAGGCAUUAUAUUUACUGAUAAUAAUUUCCUCUACAUUCUUUGGUACCUUACGUUUUCGGUGAUGGGAAAUUUCAACUUUUUCUUUUUCGCCGCUCACCUCUUAGACGUCGCCAUAUGCUUUAAGACGCUCGGUACAAUUUUGCAGUCGGUUACGCAUAACGGUAAACAAUUGGUGUUGACUGUUCUACUUACUUCUAUUGUAUGCUACGUUUAUACGGUAAUCGCUUUCAACUUCUUCCGAAAGUUUUACGUAAAGGAAGAGGACGGUGAAGUGGAUCACAAGUGCCACGACAUGCUUACAUGCUUCGUUUUUCACCUGUACGCCGGCGUAAGAGCUGGUGGUGGAAUAGGUGAUGAAAUUGAAUCACCGGACGGUGAUCCUUACGAAGUUUACCGUAUUAUCUUUGAUAUAACCUUCUUCUUUUUUGUUAUCAUUAUCCUUCUCGCUAUCAUCCAAGGUUUAAUUAUCGACGCUUUCGGUGAACUAAGAGAUCAAUUAGAACAAGUUAAAGAGGAUAUGGAAUCCUCUUGUUUCAUCUGCGGAAUCGGUAAAGAUUAUUUCGAUAAGGUACCGCACGGUUUCGAAACACACGUUACGAACGAACAUAAUUUCGCUAAUUAUAUGUUCUUUCUUAUGCAUUUGAUUAACAAACCGGAUACUGAAUAUACCGGUCAGGAAUCAUACGUUUGGGAGUUGUAUCAGCAACGUUGUUGGGAUUUCUUUCCAGUGGGUGACUGUUUUAGAAAACAAUACGAAGAUGAACUAUCAUCAAGUUAG